CACAUUUCAGAGGCACCCAAGGUACAUGUGCCAAGUUUCGUGGUCGGCACUGAAAUUUUCCAUUCAAGUUUUGCUGAAUAUCUACUAAUCAAAAGAUGCUUGCCGCUCAUCAAUUCGUUAGGAGGUUUUCAACAUCUCAGUCCCUCUUGGAAAAACUGAAGAUAGCCAUUAUUGGUCAGAGUCAGUUUGGAGCAGAAGUCUACAAAGUUGUCCGCAAGAAUGGCCAUGAAGUAGUCGGUGUUUUCACCAUCCCUGAUAUUCAAGGGAGAGCAGAUCCACUUGCCCAAGCAGCUGAAACUGAUGGUGUAAAAGUCUUCAAAUAUCCAAGAUGGAGAAAGAAAGGUCAAUCCAUCCCAGAAGUUCUCCAGGAAUACAAGUCAGUCGGGGCCGACCUGAACGUCCUGCCCUUCUGCUCCCAGUUUAUUCCAAUGGAUGUCAUCAACAUGCCAAAACAUCAGUCCAUUUGCUAUCAUCCGUCUCUCUUACCGCGGCACAGGGGUGCGUCGGCCAUCAAUUGGACUUUGAUUCAAGGAGAUAAGAAGGCAGCGUUCAGUAUCUUCUGGGCUGACGAUGGACUAGAUACUGGGCCUAUCCUGCUCCAGAGGUCCACAGGCGUUGACAGAGAUGACACCGUGGACUCCAUUUAUAACCGUUUCCUCUACCCAGAGGGCAUCAAAGCAAUGGGUGAAGCUGUUGAAAUGGUUGCUAAUGGAACUGCUCCCAAGAUCGUGCAGUCAGAAGAAGGUGCUACGUAUGAUCCUAUGAUUAAAAAGGAAACUGUUCAGAUCAACUGGAACCAGUCAGCUCAAGAUCUUCAUAACUUUAUCCGAGGAAACGACAAGGUACCCGGCGCAUGGGCCGACAUCAAUGGCGAGAAAGUCACGAUGUAUGGGUCAACACUGUGGAAUAGACCAACCCCAAGAGGUGAUACGAUGAACAUUCCCGGAAUGAGCAGUCCCGGAGUCGUUCACAAAGGCGGGUUGGUCCUAUUUGGAAAUGACGACAAGAAAUUAAACGUGCAACAGCUCCAGUUUGAAGAUGGCAAGAUGAUCAAGGCAUCGAAGUUUGGCAAGGAGGGUGGUGAAGCGGAGAGCUUGGAACUGACGCCUGAAGAGAAGGGAAUGGAAGCAGCUAUCCUGAACAUCUGGAAAGGCAUUUUGGCCAGAGAUGAUGUCACAUCUGAGACAGAUUUCUUCAAGUCGGGAGCCGGUUCCAUGGACGUUACACGUCUCGUGGAAGAGGUGAAGGAGAAAUGUGGAGGCAUCAGCCUGCAGACUGAAGAAGUGUACAUGGCGACGACCCUGGAGGACUUUAUCAAGGCUGUCGUGUUGAAGGGACGUGGUGUCGGACAGGAGGAGUUCAAGUAUGAUGCAGUGGAGAUGAAUGUAAACAACAUGAACAUCAAAUUCCCCAAUCAACUCUUUAUCAACAAUGAGUUUAUUGACUCCUCAGACGGAAAGACAUUUGACACCAUCAAUCCUGCAGACGAAUCUGUGAUAUGUAAAGUUGCCAAGGGUACCAGUGCUGAUGUUGAUCUAGCAGUGGAUGCAGCCCAUUACGCCUUCGAGGAAGGUGAAUGGGGCAAAAUGAAUGCUCGUGAUAGGGGAAAUCUCAUGUUCAAACUCGCAGAUCUGAUGGAGCAGCACAAGGAGGAACUUGCCACACUGGAGAGUAUCGACUCUGGAGCCGUGUACACACUUGCCUUGAAAACACAUAUUGGCAUGUCCAUUGAUACAUUCAGAUACUUCGCUGGAUGUUGUGACAAAAUUCAGGGUUUGACCAUUCCUAUCAACCACGCCAGGCCAAACAAAAAUCUCACCUUCACAAAGAGGGAACCCCUUGGUGUUUGUGGUCUUAUCACUCCAUGGAAUUACCCCCUCAUGAUGUUGGCUUGGAAGAUGGCUGCCUGUUUGGCUGCUGGAAACACAGUUGUGCUCAAACCUGCUCAGGUUACUCCAUUGACGUCACUCAAGUUUGGUGAACUUGUUGUGAAGGCUGGCUUCCCUCCAGGCGUCGUCAACAUUGUAUCUGGCGGAGGCGGUGUGGUUGGCCAGGGUAUCGCUGACCAUCCUCUGGUUAGGAAGCUUGGUUUCACUGGCUCAACGCCUGUGGGAAAAACUAUCAUGGAAAGUUGUGCAAGGAGUAAUUUGAAAAAAGUAUCACUUGAACUUGGUGGCAAAUCACCUCUCAUCAUCUUUGCCGACUGUGAUCUCGAAAAGGCUGUCAGAAUGGGAUGCAACGGUGUGUUUUUCAACAAAGGUGAGAACUGUAUUGCCGCUGGUCGGAUAUUCGUGGAUGAGACUAUCCAUGAUGAGUACGUCGAACGGGUGAUCACCGAGGUUAAGAAGAUGAAGAUUGGAAAUCCUCUGGACAGAUCUGUAGAUCACGGACCUCAGAAUCACAGAGCUCAUUUGCAGGGUCUGUUGGACUAUUGUGACCGAGGUGUAAAGGAAGGCGCUACUCUUGUCUAUGGUGGCAAACAGUGUGACAUGCCUGGUCUUUACUUGGAGCCGACAGUAUUUACCAAUGUCGAAGAUGACAAUUUCAUCGCCAUUGAAGAGUCUUUUGGUCCUAUCAUGAUCAUCUCCAAAUUCAACCACAAUGACAUUGAUGAGGUUGUUCGACGGGCUAACGACACAGAAUUCGGUCUUGCGUCUGGUGUCUUCACAAAUGAUCUUAGCAAGGCAAUGCGGGUGGCAGAUCGUAUCCAAGCUGGCACCGUCUUCGUAAACACGUACAACAAGACUGAUGUUGCCUCACCAUUUGGAGGAUUCAAGCAGUCUGGAUUUGGAAAAGAUUUAGGUCAAGAAGCUUUGAAUGAGUACCUGAAGACAAAGGCGGUCACUUUGGAAUACUAGGACUGUUUCACGCGGAGUUUCAAAAAAACUCUGUCGAUGUAAUCAAGCCGGUUGAGAGGCACCUGUUCAAAAUACCUAUUUUACCUGUAAUAGGCCAAUGUGAAAUACAAUGUAGAAACACUUCAAAUAGCUUGAUUGAGCACUUCAAUUGAAGACUAUUUCAUGUGUAUAAUUACUAACAUGUAUGAGAUGGGUUUAUCUUGGACACGGCAGAGGAGUACAAAAUGAAACAUGAAGUGUUAUUUCAGUUGAAGAUUUUUGACCUGUUUAGAGGAUCACAAAAGUCAUCAAGUGUGUAAUUAUAAAGUUAUAACCAAUGAUUUUAAUCAAUGCAACAUGAAAGGUGGAGGACUCAUACCUUGGUUCUUUAUUGUGUGAAUCUUCUCAGUUGGUAAGUUAAGACGUCCAAAUGAAUCAAAUGGGAGGGAAGGUGAUUUUUGACAAAAUUUUGCGAAGGGCAGCUUUGUAAAUUUUUUCCUAAAACUUCAUAGAAUUCAUGCUUACAUGCACAUGUAGAUCUAACUUUGCUUACUAACUUUGUUUACUUUUGGAGAAAACAUUUUACUUCCCCGUUGGAUGCUUGGGGAGCCAAUACUUAUGAAGGUUGAACUGGUAUACCGUAAUUUGUCAUAUUUCUUGUGUGCUUGAAGUAAUGAUUUCCUACCCUGUGUGUUAAACUUUAGACGUGUGUAUUUGACUUUCUGAACUAAUUUCUAAUAAAACUUUAACAAACAUAUAUUGUAGAGCCUGCCUUACUUCCCUUUACUCCUUGUAACAAAUUUGUAAAUGGGGCUCUUUUUCCUCUUACUUGUGCCUGGUGUCGGAGCAUUCAUGUUGAUGAUCUUCAAGGCCAGAGAUCUGAUGUUCACCCCAGUGCCGCACCAGUAAUCAAACACAUUAAAAGUUUGUUGAAUCAUGUUGCGACAUAACAUUAGUUGGCAGAAAGUGUCUGAAAUGAUCAUGUUAAGAUGUAUUAGAAAAAAAUGUCAUGAAAAAAUAAAUUACAAUGUUAGGCAUCUCAAAAAAUAGUAACUGCAUCUUGUUUGGCAUUGCAUGUGUUCAUAUCAUAUGAACCUGACUUAUUGUGAGAUUUUGUGAAUAACACUGCUAUUAUACUUAA